CUCUCUCUCUCUCUCGUUUGCGUUCCCUUGGAUCAGGUGGGAACGCUGUCUUCUGCCACCACAAAGUCGUCUCUUUUGAAGACUUCCAUAUCUCUGAAAACCCAAAAACUCCUUCCCUCUCUCCCUCUCUCACACACACACACACACACAAGAAAGACAGGCUCUAUAUUCAUAAUAAUCCCAAUUUUUCUGCGUACCCAAAAGCUUCUCUCUCUGUCGAAAGUUCGUUACUCGUUUACCGCUUUUUCGGCUUCCUCAGCGAUGGUGGCCUGGACAAGGACUUGGGCUUUAGUAUGGGCCUUGAUGUUGGGUUGGGCCUCGCAGAGAUGUGAUGGGUUCGGUACAUUCGGUUUCGAUGUUCAUCACCGCUUCUCGGAUCCGGUCAAGGGGAUUCUGUCCGUCGAUGACCUACCGGAGAAGGGCUCCGUGGAAUACUACUGGACUAUGGCCCACCGCGACCGAGUGAUGCGUGGUCGCCACCUAGCGGAGUCGAACGAUCCGACGGCUCUCACUUUUUUCAAUGGCAAUGACACUUACAUGCUCAACUCUUUGGGAUUUCUCUAUUAUGCCAAUAUCACACUCGGAACGCCAAGUAAAUGGUUCCUCGUAGCACUGGACACAGGCAGCGACCUUUUCUGGUUGCCGUGUGACUGUAAUACCAGUUGUGUUCAUGGACUAAUUAACUCAAAAAGACAGCAAAUUGCCUUUAACAUCUACAGUCCGAAUGCAUCAUCCUCUAGUGCAGCAGUUAAUUGCAGCAGUUCCUUAUGUGCACAGCAGAGACUAUGCUCAUCUGCUCGUGACACUUGUCCUUAUAAAGUGGAGUAUCUUUCUGUCAACACUUCAUCGACUGGGAUUUUGGUAGAGGAUGUAUUGCACUUGACCCCGGAUGAUAAUCAAUUUAAAGUUGUUGAUACACAGAUCACGCUAGGUUGCGGGCAUAAUCAAACAGGUUCCUUUUUGGAGGGUGCAGCUCCAAAUGGCUUAUUUGGACUUGGUAUGAGUAACAUCUCGGUUCCAAGCAUCUUAGCAGAGCAAGGGAUUGCUUCAAAUUCUUUCUCCAUGUGCUUUGGACCCGAUGGCAUUGGGAGAAUCAGAUUUGGAGAUAAUGGAAGCUCAGAUCAAGGAGAAACACCAUUCAAUAUUCUUGGACAACGGCAUCCAACUUACAAUGUCAGCAUCACUCAAAUAAACAUGAAUGGAACUGUUACUGAUAUCGAUUUCAGUGCAAUUUUUGACUCCGGUACCUCAUUCACAUACCUGAAUGAUCCAGCUUAUACGCGUAUAUCCGAGAGUUUUGAUUCUUUCAUAAAAGAAAGGCGGCAUUCUUCUGAUACCAAUAUCCCUUUUGAUUACUGUUAUGACAUAAGUCCAAACCAAACAACUAUAGAUGUUCCCAAUUUAAAUCUGACAAUGAAAGGGGGACAGCAGUUUUUCAUCACCGAUCCAUUAGUGAUCAUCUCUGAUCAGAAUCAAACUUUGUUUUGCCUUGGACUUGUCAAAAGUGAAGAUGUGAAUAUCAUUGGACAAAACUUCAUGACUGGUUAUCAGAUAGUUUUUGAUCGCGAGAAGAUGGUAUUGGGUUGGAAGGCUUCUGACUGUUACGAUGCUGCGAACUCCAACACUCUGCCGAUCAGCCCAACAGGAUCUACCGUAGUUCCCCCGGCCACGGCAUUCAAUCCAGACGCCACAGCAGGAGGGAGCAACAAUCCUCAGGUAUCAAGUAUACCAUCGUCCGCAGGAAAUGGUCCACUACACUUGAACCCAUUUGUUUAUGUUUCUAUUUUUGUUCUUCCAUUUUUCACCAUUUUUUGAUAAUUGUUUCUCCUCCCUUCUAGAGUAUAUAUUAUUGUGUUCUAAUAGGCAUUUCUCUAGAUGAAGUUACAGAGUAUACAUUAUUGUGUACUAAUAGGCAUUUCUCUAGAUGAAGGUACAGAGUAUACCGGAAGCAUAUUAUUAUCCCCCGUUUUGUAAACAAUUUUUAGGUAUAUUAACGUUAUAAUAAUACUUGUACAGAAGCUUAAAAAA